AUGGCACCCAAGCAGGCGACACUCGGCAAGUUUUUUGGUGCCAAGGGGGCGGCACCGGUGCGACAGACAACCCUUUCAUUCAGCACCAAGGCCAAAAAGGAGGAGGCAGAAGAGGGGGAGGCUGAUGUGAGCACGAACGGCUCAAAAGCUGAUAAAGCCGACAAAAAAGCCGAAGCCGAAUCUGCGCCCAUUAAGAAGGAGGAGGCUGAGGAAGAUAGCGAUGGCCCCGUCACCAAGCGUGCGAGACGGUCUCGAAAGAGGGUUGAGGAGGAGGAUGACGACAUAAGCGACGAACCAGUCAAGAAGAAGACUCCAUCUCCCAAGAAGCGCAAAUCGGCGAGCCCCUCACCCAAGCCUACACCUACCAAGAAAUCCAAAGCCCGAGCUGUCAAGGAACCUGCCGCUGAGGAGGAGGAUGAGCCCGUCAAGGAUGAAGCAUCUACAGCAUCGGCUUCAGAGGCAGAAGAUGACGCAGAGGUGGAGGAGGAGAAGCCUGAAGUUGCUGCCAAAGCUCGGCAGAAGGCUCAGACAAAGCUCAAGACCAAGACCAAGGAAAAGGAUCCCUACCCCGAUUGGGAGGCGGGAACACCGGUUCCAUAUGCGGCUCUCUGCACCACAUUUUCUCUUAUCGAGAUGACUACCAAGCGCCUGAUCAUUAUGGAGCAUUGCUCCUUGUUCCUCCGACAAGUCAUGCGCUUGACACCCAAUGAUCUGCUUCCGACGGUAUUGCUUAUGAUCAACAAGCUAGCUCCCGACUAUGCUGGCAUUGAGCUUGGUAUUGGAGAAUCUCUCAUCAUGAAGGCCAUUGGCGAGACCACAGGCCGGAGUCUCCAGGUGAUCAAGGCCGACCAGAAGGAGAUUGGUGACCUGGGUCUGGUAGCUGUGAAGAGUCGAUCAACUCAGCGUACCAUGUUCAAGCCUAAGGCUCUUACGAUCAGGGGAGUCCAUCAGGGCCUAAUGAAUAUUGCUACAGUCACCGGAAACGGUGCCCAGGGCCGCAAGGUGGAUGGUAUCAAGAAAUUGCUCGCGGCGGCUGAUGCCAACUCAACCGGCAAGGUUGAUAUCACCAAGGACAAGGGCGGACCAAGCGAGGCCAAGUUCAUCAUUCGAUUCCUGGAAGGAAAGCUGAGACUUGGUCUGGCCGAGAAGACGGUCCUUGUUUCGCUCGCCCAGGCCAUUGUCUGCCACGAAGCAGAUGCAAAGGACAAGGUUCCCAGCACCUCGGAUAUAGAGAAGGGCGAGUCUAUCCUCAAGACGGUUUACAGUGAACUCCCAAGCUACGACGUCAUUAUUCCUGCUAUCCUCGAGCACGGAAUUAUGAAGCUUCGCGAGAACUGCAAUCUUCGACCUGGUGUUCCUCUGAAGCCCAUGUUAGCCAAGCCCACCAAGGCUAUCACUGAGGUGCUGGACCGAUUUGAAGGACAGACGUUUACUUGUGAAUACAAGUAUGAUGGCGAAAGAGCGCAGAUUCACUAUGUGGCCAAGGAUGCACCCCAGCAGCUGAGCCAGGCAAGCCAGGGAGCAGCCAAGGAGGUCGGUGCUGGAGUUGCAAGCAUCUUUUCGAGAAACUCUGAGGAUCUCUCCAAGAAGUAUCCCGAUAUUCUUGCUAAGCUUAGUACUUGGGUGAAGCCUGAUACCAAGAGUUUCGUCUUGGAUUGCGAAACUGUUGCCUGGGAUGUGGACGAGAAGAAGGUGUUGCCCUUCCAGCAACUCAUGACACGCAAGAAGAAGGACGUCAAGGUUGAGGAUGUCAAGGUCAAGGUGUGUGUCUUUGCCUUUGACCUGCUUUAUCUCAACGGAGAAGCUGUGGUUGAAAGGGCACUACGGGAACGACGUGAGCUACUCGAGGCUGCAUUUAUCCCUGUUGAAGGCGAAUUCGCCUUCGCUACCCACAUGAACGGCCAGGAGCUUGAAGAGAUCCAGGUCUUCCUUGACGAAAGUGUCAAGGCUUCAUGUGAAGGUCUCAUGGUCAAGAUGUUGGAUGGUAGGGAGAGUGGAUAUGAGCCCAGCAAGCGAAGUCGCAACUGGCUCAAGAUCAAGAAGGAUUACCUCUCUGGUGUUGGCGACUCUCUCGACCUUGUCGUCCUGGGGGCAUACUACGGCAAAGGCAAGCGUACUUCAGUGUACGGAGCAUUCCUCCUGGCAUGCUAUAACCCGAACUCAGACACAUACGAGACCGUAUGUAAUAUUGGAACUGGUUUUUCGGAGCAAGUGCUUGAAGAUCUACACAAGCAACUGUCCGAGAUCACCAUUGACCGACCCAAGCCCUUCUACUCGCACUCAUCUGGUGGGCAACACCAGCCUGACGUCUGGUUUGAGCCCCGUUACGUCUGGGAGGUCAAGACUGCGGAUCUGACGCUCAGCCCACGAUACAAGGCCGGUGCCAAGGAGGGAGUAGACCCUUCAGGCACCAAGGGUAUCAGUCUGCGAUUCCCACGUUUCAUUCGCAUCCGUGAUGACAAGAAUGCCGAUUCUGCCACGACGAGUCGUCAGGUUGCUGAGAUGUACCGCAAGCAGGAGAGUGUGUCCAAGAGCAAGGGGCCUGCUGUGGAUGACGACUUUGAAUAUUAG